UACCAAGCAAACAUUGUAUCCACUAACAAAGUGAUGUCAUUUGUCCCCGCGCUCAGUUGGCGUGCCAACGUUUUUCCCGCGCAGAUUUUCAACUGGUGACUUUACUGCAAGUUUAGCUAAUUUAGACGAAGCUAAAGUAGCUUUCAUUACUAUAUUUACAUAUAUUUCAAAACGUUUGAAACAAAAGUUUUGAAGCAAAAUAAGGAUUUUUACUUUGAUAGCCUAUUCUAUUUGAAAAUAGGUCAGUAAAUUGAUUUCACACCUGGCACUAGAUUGUUAACAGUGGUUAGCUGUUAGCUAGCUAACGUUAGCAAGCAAAUACAGUAGGCUAAAGUUGUCAUUUGAACCAGUUCUUUGGCACAUUUAUUUUCUUUAUUGACAACCAGCAAGAAAUGGCAAUGCACAAGGGACAUGCUCAGAAAGGCAAAGCAAAAGGCACUAUAACCAACUCAGGCAAACCCUAUAUGGAGGACUUCAAUGAGAGUUUCAACAAUGAAAACCUGCCAGUAGCUGAGGCAGAGGCAUUGAGAGGAAGGAAACAUCUGUCAGAGCCAGAUGAUGAUGAUAUUGACAUCACCAAAGGAGGGGGUAUGAUGACCAUGUUGGAUAGAUUUGGAGCGGACAUCAACAAAGCCUUCCUGGCAAAACGCAAACGUUUGGAAACGUUCACCAAGUCCUCUGUGAGGACUAGCCAUCAGAAGAUUGAGCAGUUAUGGAGGGUCCAACAAAGAGACAGGAGUAAAGUGACAGAAGAUUACUGCACCCAGUUCAAUGCAGUCUUCAGUCAGUGGGACACAGAUGUGCAGAAGUCCAAGGAUAACGAGGAGAAACUACUGUGUAUGUUCCAGCACCAGCAGAAGAUGUUUCAGCACAAGAGGGCCUCUCAGAGCCAGAGACUGAAGACUCUCAAGCAGCUGCUGGAGCAGUACAUCCAAAGUCUUGAUACGAUGGAGAAGACCCAUGUCAGCCAGCAGGGUGCUGCACAGGGCGAGCUGCGCCAGGAAAUGGCACUGUUUCAGAAAAAGAUUCUCAGUGACACACAACAGCAAGAGAUGGCUACAGUGCGCAAGUCUCUGCAGACGAUGCUGAUGUAGGAUCUUCAGAAUGCAGGGAGCUGAGAUGAAUCAACUCCAUCCAAAUGCUUGUUGUGUGUACAUAUCACUAAGCUGGGUUGCCUGUUCUACUUUAGUUUAUGGAUGUGUUUCAGAUAGAACUUUACAAUCCCCAGAUAAGUGUUAAACAUCUCAGGAACCACAUCUACCUGAACCAGUAAUCUGCAAAUAGCUGUUUUGAAAUCUUGUGUGUUGUGUACAUGUAACAUUGCAUUUCUGUUGUCAACUGCUUCAUUCAAAAGAUCAAGAUUGUGUCAGCUGAGGGUUCCAGACAAAGUGUUGAAGUCAAAGAGGAAUGUCAUUCACUUCAUAUUUUGGAGUUUUGGUUUCAUAUGUUUAAUCUACUUAAUUUAUCCCUGAUUGAGAGGGGAGUUAUGGAGAAAAUAAGACUUCUCGUUACUAAAAUGUUGUCAGGAACUAAGACCAUCUGUUAUUGUAAAUAUACACUGAGGUGUACAAAACAUUAGGGACACCUUCCUAAUAUUGAGUUCCCCACCUUUUUGCCCUCAGAACAGCCUCAAUUUGUCAGGGAAUGGACUACAAGGUGUUGAAAGCGUUCCACAGGGAUGCUGGCCCAUGUUGACUCCAAUGCUUCCCACAGUUGUCAAGUUGGCUGGCUGUCCAUUUUUGAUACACACAGGAAACUGUUCAGCGUGAAAAACCCAGCAGUGUUGCAGUUUUUGACACACUCAAACCAGUGUUCCUGGCACCUACUACCAUACUCCAUUUAAAGGCACUUAAAUAUUUUAUCUUGCCCAUUCACCCUCUGAAUGGCAGACAUACACAAUCUAUGUUUCAAGGCUUAAAAAUCCUUCUUUAACCUGUCUUCUCCCCUUCAUCUUCACUGAUUGAAGUGGAUUUGGCUUUCACCUGGUCAGUCUAUGCAGUGCUUGACUUGGACUGAAAUAGAUGCCAGUACUCAUUUUUGGUGUCCGUACUGUUUAUAUUUAGGUGUAGGAGCUCCACAAUACUUUUGAGCUAAUAUAAGAGGAGUAGGAGUUCAAUCAGUAGAACAUUUGAGGUGCCAGUUCUCAGCUCCGGUGAGCUCCUGC